AUGUCGCGUCUCCUGCAACGCUCCACUUCCAAGAUCUACUUCGGUUCCGUUUACACUACUCGUCGCGAUCUUGCAUCCGCGACCAGCAUACAUGCAGCUGGCUCUUUUCGUGCCGACUAUGCGGCCAAAGCUAUGGCUUCUCGUGGAUGUUCUGUGUCCGAUCAGCUACUUCUAACCAAUUUUGAGGUGGGAUCAGAAAGUGAUUCGAUCAACAGCCAUUUAUUUUUCAAAAGGGUGCGAUGGUGCAUGAAGGAAUGCAGUCGUGCAUGUGAAGAAGCGCUGGAGAAUUUGCUGUGUGCAAUAGACGAAAGGAGAAUCAUGGACCUCCUUCGGGCUUUCUACCAGAUGUAUUCGGUCAGUCGUGAGAACUUGCAUGCGAUUAUGUCACUUUACAAAAGCCUCCUUUCAUAA